AUGGUCCAUGUCAAAGAAGCACAUGAUAAAGAAAAUAGCAAACCACGAAGUUCAACUUUUGGUAACUUUUCUUCCAUCUUAAUCCAAAAUGAUAUUGGCAAACAUGCAAUCAAUAAUAACACUAUGAUUGAAGAAUUUGAAUCUCAGUCAAAUUUCAUCAUUCCUGAGGAAAAAAGGAAACUAGUGGAAAUUGAUCAGAUACAAACUAAUGAUCACUUGUCAAGUGUAUCAUUACCAACGACACCAACCACAUCUGAAUCAAAUUCAUUCACAAAAUCCUCAUCAUCAUUCUCUUCGUGUGAUAGCAGAAGAGAAUUUUUAGCGGCUCCUCCUAAACUGUAUUUUACUGGAACAACUACCUCCACUGCCAUUACUACUCCGUUAUCUUCAACAGAAUCCUUGGCCAUAUCAAGCCUUGAUCGAUUGGCAGCUCUGAAAGCAAUAAAACCAAACCAUCCGUAUCUAAAUGAAAAUACAAAGAGCACAAUUUCUUCUCCAUUUUCUGCUUUGAUAGCAGAACGACGUAUGCAACCUCGUCCUAUACACUCGAAUAUGAUUGACAGCAACAUUGAAAUUCAAGGGACAGAAAAGUGCCGCACUUUUCCGAAUGCGCCAUUUCAACAUCAUCAACGCAUCAUAGUCGGUAAAUGGUUGUUCUUUUUGGGCUUUUUGCUAUUUCCAUUUUGGUGGAUUGGUGCAUUUUAUUUGCCGUUUCCGAGAAGAAGAGCAACUCCGUUGGAUUUUAUUUGGAGAAAACGAUGUGAGAAAAUUGGAAUUAUAUUCGUGGGUUUGGUUUUGUUGGCCGCUUUGGCUUUUAUUAUUUUAAAUCCAAAGAUUUUUGAUUAG